AAGUCAAUUCAAAGCCUAUAAAUACCUCAGAUUUCUUCCAUUUUUUCGGGUGACCUCUAAGUUUCCAACAAACCAAAUAAAUCUUCUUCCAUAAUUUCAUCCUUAUUUCUAUUCUCUUUUCAUUUCUAAAUCCAAAACCUUCCCACAAACAAACCACCAUGGCCGCCGCCGGAGGAACAGAGGCUUUCCCCGAUCUCGGCCGCCACUGCCAGCACUCCGAUUGCCACCAACUCGAUUUCCUCCCCUUCACCUGCGACGGUUGCCAAAAGGUUUUCUGUUCGGAACAUCGCGGUUUCAAAUCCCACGACUGCCCUGAAUCCGAUCGGAACAGCAGAAAAGUUGUGGUCUGCGAAAUCUGCUCGACGUCGAUCGAGACCACUGGGAAGGACGGCGGCGACGAGACCAAGAUUCUGGAGAGGCAUCACGAAUCGGGAGAUUGCGAUCCAAGCAAGAAGAAGAAGCCCACGUGUGCGGUGAAGCGGUGCCGGGAAAUUCUUACGUUUUCGAAUACUUGUGUGUGCAAAACCUGCCGGCUGAAAGUGUGUUUGAAGCACCGGUUUCCGGCGGAGCAUGGUUGUGGACGUCCGUCGUCAACGGCAGGGGCGGUGGCAGAUAAAGGACGGUGGAAUGAGAAGUUUAUGGCGGCUUUGGGGUUGAGGAGCGGCGAGGAUUGUGGGAAGAGGGAACGGCCAAGGACGGGGGCGAAGGGAUCUUCUCCGACCGCCCCAUCCGUUAAAGCUUGUUGAUUCCAAAUCAAAAAUGAAAAGAAUGCUCAUAAUUAUCAAAGCCUCUCUUCGAUAAUCAAAAACUUGUAUGUAGCCUUAUAAACUUCUUGUUUAAAAGAUGGAUCUAUAAUUUUACUUCUA